GCCACCUACACGUGAGGCCUUCUCGAUGUCUAUCCGUGUUGAGGAUCUCGAGCUACCGCAGUUAGCUGAGGUUAAAAAGCAGCUAGAUGAUGAGUUGGCACAUCUGACAAACUCGUUCAGCCAACUGAAGCAAGCACAAUCCAAAUUCAAGGCUUGUGUCGAGAACGUCACUGAAAUAAAGCCUGCUAAUAAAAAUAACAUCAUAUUGGUUCCCCUCACCAAUUCCCUUUACGUGCCUGGGAAGUUGGCAGAUUCGGAAAACGUUAUCGUAGAUGUAGGAACUGGCUAUUAUGUGAAGAAGAGACGAGCCGAUGCAACUAAGCACUAUGGGAGCAAAAUUGAUUUUGUGCGAAAGAACCUCGACACCCUUGAGGAAACGAUCCAAAAGAAGCAAGAAAACUUGAAUAUCUUACUAGCUGUCAUGCAACAGAAGAUGGCUGCUCAACAACAGUGAUCGCGAGAUUCACACACGGCGAGGAAAUACCAACUUCUCGUUCACAAGUCACCACGUUGCUCACUGUCGUUGUACAUGAUAUGCAUUCUCCGUCGCUUUCACUUCUAUCUAAGACACUGCACCAUUCACCUCACUACGAUCACCCUUCAAACCUGAACACUUCGUCGCAAUCGAACCACCAUGGUCCGUCCCUGCUCCCAGUCGCGCCACCGAUGACGCUAUUCUGCAUCCUAUCUGUAAUGCCCCACCACCGCCGUGUGUCAGCAUCCCCUGCCACCAUCUUCAUAUCUUCAUCAAAGUUGUCUCCGACGUAUUUAAACGUCGCAAUCAGAAGACCAGCAAUUGCAUCGACCCCUUCCCUUUCACCAUUAGGAAGGUAAGGUGGCGUUGGGAGGAAAUGUAUGGAAUAAUCAACGAUAUGGGCUCGUUGAAGAGUGGCGAGGACUGAAGGCCAAACAUGAGCAUGGAUCUGGUAGUCACGAC